CGACAAGAGAAACGGCUCCCUCAUAUCUUUACAACUGCCAUUCAUUGCCAGAGAAGCAAAACUAAAAACCCCACCUUUAUUUUAUUCUAAUAUUUUUUUUUCUGUUUUGUUUUUUAGCCAUUGUUGGGGUUUUCGUUUUCGAAUUCCAGGGCAAUUUUUUAUUUUCGUUGGAAUUCCAUUCCAAAAUUUGCAAUUGGAGACGGUAUCUACGAAUUGGGUUUUUAUUAAUUUUGGGGAUUCGCAGACCGACUUCUUAUACCCAGACCCAUGUUUGAGUUCUGAUUUCCGGCGAAAAGGAAAAAAAUCGAUUUUUGGAGAAGAACCCACGAAACUCCUGGCGAGGAAAAUUUCUUCUGAGUAAGCGGUUCGCCGGAGAUUGGCGAGGGGAAGGCUGAAAAUCCACAUUUCGUCUUCGGAAGGGUUCUGCGCCGAUCGGCCUCUGGAACUAUGGAUUGUAUGGGAAAUUUUAACACGGAGAAAAUGUUGAUGGUGGGUGAAGGAGGAGCGGUGGCCGGAGGAGGAGGAGGGGGUUACUACUGUUCUAAAAAGACGGAUGAUAUCUGCGGUGAUGUUUGCGGUCAGGGCUCAAGCAGAUUCAGCAUGUCAAGACUCCGUUGCAUCUUGCAUGGUUUGGAUUUGAAAAUAUAUCUCUUUCUAUUUACUAUUGUCCCAACAUGCAUCUUUGUGGGUUAUAUCCAUGGUCAGAAGAUCACAUACUUUCUGCGGCCAUUAUGGGAAUCCCCACCUAAACCAUUCCAUGAUAUUCCGCAUUAUUAUCAUGAGAAUGUCUCCAUGGAGAACCUUUGCAAACUACAUGGUUGGGGAAUCCGUGAAUACCCAAGGCGUGUUUUUGAUGCAGUUUUGUUUAGUAAUGAGGUGGACAUGCUCAACAUACGUUGGAAAGAGUUGAACCCUUAUGUAACAGAGUUUGUUCUCCUUGAAUCGAAUUCAACAUUCACUGGGCUGCCAAAGCCUCUGUUUUUUGCAAGGCAUCGAAAUCAGUUCAAAUUUGUUGAGCCUCGGUUGACCUAUGGUACUGUUGGUGGGAGAUUUAAGAAAGGGGAGAACCCAUUUGUUGAGGAGGCAUACCAGCGGUUAGCGUUGGAUCAACUUCUGAAAGUAGCAGGUAUUUCUGAUGAUGAUUUAUUGAUCAUGUCAGAUGUUGAUGAGAUACCAAGCAGACACACUAUCAAUCUGUUGAGAUGGUGCGAUGAGAUUCCUCCGAUCAUGCAUCUUCAGCUGCGGAACUAUCUGUAUUCUUUUGAGUUUUUUGUGGAUAAUGAAAGUUGGAGAGCCUCAAUACAUAGAUAUCAGUCCGGCAAGACAAAGUAUGCACACUAUCGCCAGACUGAUGACCUACUGGCAGAUGCAGGGUGGCACUGUAGCUUUUGCUUCCGCCAUAUCAGUGAGUUCAUAUUCAAGAUGAAAGCUUAUAGCCACUAUGAUCGAGUGAGAUUCUCUCAUUAUUUGAACCCCAAAAGAAUUCAAAAGAUCAUCUGCAAAGGUGAUGACUUAUUUGACAUGCUUCCAGAGGAGUACACAUUCAAGGAAAUUAUUGGGAAAUUGGGACCUGUUCCUCAUUCCUAUUCAGCUGUUCAUCUUCCGAUGCAUCUUUUGGAAAAUGCUGACGAGUAUAAGUAUCUCCUUCCUGGGAACUGCGUAAGGGAAAGUGGCUGAUUCUUUGGGCAAGUUCUGAUUGUUCGUUAGGGUUGGAGAUGCAGCUUGUGUGACUCCCAUGAAGUGCUCUGCUGGUUAAUUAAUGAUUGUGGUGUCACUGAUACAGCUGUGCCAUAUGCCCUUCAAAAUUGGUACCAUCCAUUGAGAUAUGUUUGGAGAAAUGGAUGAAUACUUGGAUUUGCUGGGAUAAGUGGUGAAAUUUCGUAUAUGAUCCUGUAUGCUAGCUUUCAUUCAAGGCGAAGCAGAACCAUUUGCUGAGUGGGGAGCUUGCUGUGAAUAUAACAGCGAAGUUGUGCAGGGUGCUUUUGUAUUAGUACUCUAAUAGCAUCACGACCAAAGUAUACCCGAUUCAUUUCCUCCUUAUUUCCCUCUUUUUUUUUUUUUGAAAAAUAGGAGAUUUGAGUGGCAUACUAGGGUUUUCCCAUGUUAGGAAGUUUUGACUCGAGACUAAUUUAUUCAUAUUUGUUGUCAUUCAA